UUUUUAUAAGAUACUUGAAUAGUCGUUUUCAUUCUACAUCGAACCACAUAUUUCAUUCAUUAAGCUCACUUAUGUUUUAAGGUAAAUAAAUUUCUAUAUUUAGCUGUACAUGUAUAAAUUACUUAGGGUGUACGGAUGAUGGCUGUGGUAAGGAUAUGAUCCAAAGAAAUUGUGACUAUAAACGAAAAUAAAAUGAAAACGGUCCAAAAGUUGACCACUGAUAUUAUCGUUUUAUACCAUAAAGUAGUAGUUUAUUUUCUGUACCCCACCCAAUCUUACUAUUAUACCUUAGAGUCUAUGAUAUCUUGUUGAAAAGUGCUAUUUGUAUAUUUCUUUAGUGCCAACAAAAACAUAUAGCCACGCUUGUAAAUUUCCUUCUUAAAGACCCGUUCAACUACUCACUACAAUCAUGAGGUUAGAGAAUUUCGUUCUUGGAAUUCCCCACAAUCCAUAGAAAUUAUCGAUUUCUUAUUAAACAAUUUGUAUAGCCCUUUCUCCACCUUAGUAAAUUGUUUCACAGUCUGCAGUACCACCCUAUCUAAUAUGAUUUUCAGGUUGAUUAGUCAAAAAAUUCAAAAAUGAGUAACCCCAAUUCAAACAUUAGAAUAUAACUCAAAUGCUUAGAUACAUUCGUAAAAUGAGUACCUCUAUUAAUAUUUCACCUUCUGCUGGUCCAAUAGAGACAAAAAUAGUAAAGAAACUCCAUGAAAAGUUUCAACCUGUCCAUUUUUCAAUUGUUAAUGAUUCACACAAACACGCUCAUCAUGCUGGUUUAAGAGGGGCUACAAACAAAACUGAAUCUCAUUUCAAUGUUGAAAUUGUCAGUAGUGUUUUUGAAGGGAAGAAUUUACCAGCAAGACAUAGAUUGGUAUACGGAACUUUGAGUGAGGAACUUGAACAUGACGGACUUCAUGCUUUACAAAUGAAAACUAAAACUCCUGAAGAGUAUGAAAAGAGAAAGAUAUAGAAAAUUACAAACAAUCUACAAAAACGGGCUUCUUUUUAAUUUAUAAUAUUAGAAUCACUUCUCUUCUGUUUACAU